AUAAAAAUAAAUAUGUCAGGAGAAUCCUCAUAUUCAGAAGGUGCAGGUUGGAUUUAAUGGUUUUGUUCAAUGGAAGAUCAUCAAUUUUUAUGUGAAGUUGAUAGUGAAUUUAUUAGAGACAACUUUAAUUUGUAUGGUUUGAAGAGCAAGUUCAAUUUUUAUAAGUAAUUUUUAAAAAGAAUAAUUAGUGAAGCUUUGGAUUUGAUUUUAAGUUCUGAGACUCCUGAUGAUGAGGAUUUAGAAGAUGAACGUUUUCUGGAGGUUUAUUAAGAAGCAACAGAUUUAUAUGGGUUAAUACAUGCUAGAUUUAUAAUUACAGCAAAAGGUAUUAAAAUAACAUAUUAAGCAGGAUUGGCUUUAAUGAAAGAUAAAUUUUUAGCAGGAAAAUUUGGUGCUUGUCCAAGAGUAUUAUGUGAAAGAUCAAAUGUACUUCCUGUUGGGAUGAGUGAAGAAUUAAGAACAUCUAGAGUGAAAGUAUUCUGUCCAAGAUGUGAGGAAGUUUACAUUCCAAAAAAGAAAUGUCCAGAUGUAGAUGGUGCUUAUUUUGGAUGUUCAUUUCCAUCAAUCUUCAUUAUGGUAUGAAGAUUGAUAAUUUAAUAAGAACUUUAUAUAAGAGAUUUAGAUUGCUCCAAAUAAUUAAUAGUAUGUACCAAGAAUUUUUGGAUUUAGAGUUUAUAAGAAGAAAGGAUCUCGUUAUUAAGAUAUGCAAUAAAAACCUGCUGAAAUUACACAUUAUUCUGAAGAAUAAUUAAAGAAAUUGAGAGGUAAAAAUGAAUAACAAAGCAAAGAGGAUUAUGUUCAAAAGUGAAUUAGGU